UACACAGGUUGCAGCCCCACUGAAGUAUGACUCGGGGUGGCCGGCAACUUCCCCGCACGGGCAAUAAUCGAACGCACCUACUGAUGGCCUAUAGUCGAUCAGGUUAUGAUUGAGGAGGCGAGUGCACUGUAGCAUAUGCCAUCGAACCUUGGCGGUUGCCUGGCUCGCUAUCCCAGAACAGUAUCUAUUGAGCGCACCUACCUGUAUUUGCCGAGGCGCGCGAAGCCCUCGCAAGCAUGUCCCAAGUAUCCCAUGGAAGUACAAAGCAGUCGACUGUCCCCGUCCCAAGUCUUCCUGGAUAACUACCAUUUCCAUUUGUCUUCUCGCAAGUCUCUUACCGUGACUAUCACUUCAACAACAAACAAAAAAAUCAUGCAAUUCUUCCAACUCCUGGUGAUACUUGCCGCUAGCGCGUGGCCCGUCAGCGCAGCAAGCUGCCAUCCCUUCCCCCCCUCGGUGAUUGAGUUCUCAGCUGGAUUCCAGCAGCCCAACCCGCCCCGGAUCCAGGCAGAGUACCAGACCAACUUCCUUCAACACAAGUGGAACCAAAACCUGUCCCACAUCACGACCGGAUUCAUCAAGAACUCGCCAUCCCAGAACUUCGUCCGAGCCGACGAAGCGUACGAUGGUGGCCUGGCCUCGUCCCUGUUCAACUACGCCAACACCACCGACGACGGUCUGGUGGACAACAUCUUGACCACCUAUGAUUCCCAAUCCAGCACGCCCACGGUGUGGCAGGGAUUCGUCAACUCGAACUUCCCCCUAUUCCCCGAGGAUAUCCUCAUUACCUACGGUGCGGCGUUUGGCGGUCUGGUCCGGCGGCGGUUCAACGCGGACUUGGUGGCAGCUUGGGAUAUCAUGUACCAGGGGCUUAUCCCUGUGACGGUUUACGUGAACCACUGCAACGUCAUGGUCGGACAGGACUAUUUUUCGCCGGUAUUGCGGACCAGGGUUGUCACCGAGUACUUCAACAUUGAGGUCGGGUCUAAAUCACUUGUGUCGCGGUAUCAUGAAUGAUUGAGGACGGCAGGUGGUCUGAUUCACUGUUCUACCGGGUGUCGGAUUCUACAUCUGAUACCCUAGGCGUACGGUGUUUCCUGUACGAUGGCUGGCAUAUUUGAGAACAUUUCAUGUUGAAUUCUCUAUCUGAUAUUACUACACUUAUAGUAUACACAAGGGAAAGAAGAUAUUCU